GCGCGCGCGGGAGCGAGCCGGGCCGCCCGCCGGGGCCGCCGAGACGUCUGUCUGCGGGCGCGGAGGUUCUCAAGACGGCUGCCUGGAGAAGCCUGAGACUGUGGUGAUGGAGGGGGGCCCAGCGGUCUGCUGCCAGGACCCUCGGGCAGAGUUAGUGGACCGAGUGGCAGCCAUUGAUGUGGCCCACUUGGAGAAAGCAAUUGGUGGCCCAGAACCUGUCCAGAAUGGUGUGGACCCUCCAGUGCGGGCCAGAGAUGCCUCUGUGAUUCCUAACAAAUCAGGACCCAUCCCUUCUGCCCGGCCCAGCCUCUCAGCAAGGAAGUUCUCCCUGCAGGAGCGACCAGUCGGCAACUGCCUGCAGGCUCAGGCUGGACCCUAUGCCACGGGACCUACCAGCCACAUCUCCCCACGUACCUGGCGGAGGCCCACCAUUGAGUCCCACCAUGUGGCCAUCUCAGAUGCUGAAGACUGUGUGCAGUUGAACCAGUAUAAACUGCAGAAUGAAAUUGGCAAGGGGGCCUACGGUGUGGUGAGGCUGGCCUACAAUGAAAGUGAAGACAGACACUAUGCAAUGAAAGUUCUCUCCAAAAAGAAGUUACUGAAGCAAUAUGGCUUUCCACGCCGCCCUCCCCCCAGAGGGUCCCAGGCGGCUCAGGGAGGACCCGCAAAGCAGCUGCUGCCCCUAGAGCGUGUGUACCAAGAGAUUGCCAUCCUGAAGAAGCUGGACCACUUGAAUGUGGUCAAGUUGAUUGAGGUCCUGGAUGACCCUGCUGAGGACAAUCUCUAUUUGGUGUUUGACCUCCUGAGAAAGGGACCCGUCAUGGAUGUGCCUUGUGACAAGCCAUUGUCAGAGGAGCAGGCACGACUCUACCUGCGGGACAUCAUCCUGGGCCUUGAGUAUUUGCACUUCCAGAAGAUCAUCCACAGGGACAUCAAGCCAUCCAACCUGCUCCUGGGUGAUGAUGGGCACGUGAAGAUCGCCGACUUUGGAGUCAGCAACCAGUUCGAAGGGAAUGAUGCACAGCUGUCCAGCACUGCAGGGACACCUGCCUUCAUGGCCCCUGAGGCCAUUUCAGAUUCUGGCCAGAGCUUCAGUGGGAAGGCCUUGGAUGUGUGGGCCACAGGAGUAACCCUGUAUUGCUUUGUCUAUGGGAAGUGCCCAUUCAUUGAUGACUACAUCUUGGCCCUGCACAGGAAGAUCAAAAAUGAAGAUGUAAUGUUUCCUGAAGAACCAAAAAUCAGUGAGGAACUCAAGGACCUAAUCCUGAAGAUGCUAGACAAGAACCCUGAGACAAGAAUUGGAGUGCCGGACAUCAAGAUGCACCCCUGGGUGACCAGGAAUGGGGAGCAGCCCCUUCCAUCUGAGGAAGAGCAUUGCAGUGUGGUGGAAGUAACUGAGGAGGAGGUGAAGAAUUCUGUGAAGCUCAUCCCCAGCUGGACCACAGUGAUCCUCGUGAAGUCUAUGCUGAGGAAGCGUUCCUUUGGGAACCCGUUUGACUCCCAGGCUCGGAGGGAAGAGAGAUCCAUGUCUACUCCAGGAAACUUCCUGUUGAAAGAAGGUUGCAGUGAAGCAGGGAAGAUCCCGGAGCUGCCUGGCGUGCAAGAAGACGAGGCUGCAUCCUGAGCCCCUGCAUGCGCUGAGGGCCGCCAGCAGCACGCUCAUCCCGCGCCUUCGAAGGCCCGCCGCCCUCAUGCCGACAGCUGCCUCUGUGGCAGAGGUUGGGGACAGUGCCCUGCUCCCAGCCCCAUCCCCUGUCGUGCUGCAUGACCUCCGUGCGCGUGCCCAGGGUCAGGAUUGCAAUGUGGAUCAUUGGGUGGGGAGUGAGAGACAGGGCUCCUGUGAGGCCUUUCUUCUCAUCCUAGUUCUCCCUGGCAGGAACAGUCUUGCAGGGAAGUUUGGUGCCCUUGGUGCCUUAGAAACCCACCCAGCUGGUAGGCAAGGCCCAGGGGCAGGAGGCAAAAAACCAAAAUGGCAGGUGGAAGCUUGGCUUUCCACUUCUGCAGAUAGUAGGCUUGGCCCAGCUGCCAAUGUCCAUGGAGGAAUGAAGCCUGUCCACCCCCAAGGGGUGAUGCCAGAGCUCUUGUCUGAUCCAAGAAUGAUCCAGAAGCCCUGACCUCCUUCGUGGUCAUCUAGGCUUCUCUGGGAGAGGCCUGUAUUGGAGAAUUCUGAUGCCAUUUGUGUUGUCCUUUACUUUCAUGUUUAGCUAGAGGUAGGGAAGGUGCAGCCUUGCUUAGGAGUUCUACAGAGUUGAGUGGUGCCCAGCACACCCAUAAUGUUGGCAGCGAAGUGGAGUAGCAGACUGACCUCCCUGCUUGUUUUUUCACUCAAAUGGACUGAAUUGGAGCUCUGAGUGGAGGUCUGAACCCUGUGCACCACAUCAUUCCUGUCAUUUCCUUCAAUCAAAGCUGCAGGAGAGGCUGAACUUACCUGGUCCCCAGACCCUGGAUUCACAGGGUUGGAGCCUUGCACAUGCUGGAGUAACUGGAAUUCCACCUCCUUCCUCCCCUGGCUUUCCCAAAUGCCCUGGAUGUUGCCCUCACAACAACGAAGGACAAACUGCCCAGGGUUAGCUGCAACACUGGAAGCAGGCUCCUGAUAGUAUGUGCACCCUGGCACGUGACUACAGAGAGGUGGGCCUCCCCGCCCUUGCCUCAUCCUCUCCCCUAAGACCUCACAUUUUACCUGCUGGAGUGUCAGAUCAGGUCCAUACAGCCAUGCUCGAGCUGAUUUCAUCUUCUUUAUGGGAUCAGAGCCUACAGGCUGGCUUUGCUGUUUACUGACCAAGUGCUCAAGAGAUUAACCCCCAAAGAAAAAGAAAGCUGGACUUGGGUGCCUCCCCUGAAAACACGGGUGAAACAAGAAGUCUCAUUUGGCCCCAUGGGUGUCAGGCCACAGGAGGACAGGAUUGGAGGAGCGCCUGCAUCCCGUGCCUCUCUGUGCCUGUGGAUGUCCAUUGCACCUCCGCACAAGUGCAUGUGCGUGCUCAUCUGCUGCAUACAGCUCACUCGCAUGCCUUGCACCGGCACAUACAUCUGUAUUAGAGUUUCUAUGUUUAUUAAAGGCCAGGAGCAGAAUGUA